GCUGCGAAGCGGGGCUCCCUGCAGCCUGUUGCAAGCGGCCUCCCUCCGGCCUGGCCCGGGUCUUCCGGCCUUCCCUCCUCGGGGAGGAGGAGUCUGCCCGGGCAGGAGUCACGGGGCCCGGCAGGGCAGGGCAGGGCCGGGCAGGGCUGGAGUGGAGUGGACGGGGCGGGCCGGAGCAGAAGAAAGUUGCCCGGGCGGCGGCAGGAGCGGCUGGGCCGGGAGCAUGGAGGUGCCGGCGGUGAACCUCAAGGCCAUCGUCCUGGCACAUUGGCUUCUUACAACGUGGGGCUGCAUGGUGCCGUGGAUACCCUCCUCCUCCUAUGCCUGGGGGAACUUCACCAUUCUGGCCGUGGGGGUCUGGGCCGUUGCCCAGCGGGAUUCCGUCGAUGCCAUCCUCAUGUUCUUCACCGGCCUGCUUUUGACCAUCCUCACAGACAUCGUGCACAUCAGCCUGUAUUACCCGGGUGGGAACAACCUGUCGGACACCGUGCGAUUCAGCACCGGCAUGGCCAUCUUCAGCCUCCUCCUGAAGCCGCUGUCCUGCUUCUUCGCCUACCAGAUGUACCGAGAGCGUGGGGGAGAAUAUGCCUUAAAUUUAGGUUUCCUCGGUGUGGCGCAGGAUCAGAGCUCGUACCAGUCGAUCGACCACGCAGAGCCACCACGACCCUUUCCGGACGUGUCCAGCAAGAUAGCCCCACCGCGUCCCUACUGAGAUGGGUCUCUUUUGUUGGGUCUUUGGGCUGCAUUUUUUCUUCCUAUGCUGCAUUUGGGAAUAAACUUUCACACACAGACUCACUCACACACACACGCACCCCAUUGUUUCGCCACUAAAGGAAGUAUGGUCGCUGGCACAGAAGAAAACUGGACUAUCUACUAAUUUCCCUACAUUUCCUUUCUCUUCUUGGGAGGUUUGGGGGGGAGUUUCAGGUCGUUCUGAAUUUCCUGCUGCGUAUCCUGAGCCGCUGCCCAUCUCGAAGAACGCUUGUGGCUUUUCCCGUGUGAUGCUCUAAGCGUCACCUCUGCACCCCCCUGCCACGGUGUAGGGGAGGGUCGCUUCUGCUGCAUUGUUGCCAACCAGCCUCACAAGGAUGGGGAGAGCCAGUCCAAUGAGAAGGGGACCCCAAGAAUUGGUCGAAGCCACGGAGUUGAAGGGACAGUUCCCCCUGCCUGAUGCCUAACUCUGUGCCACUUUGGGACCAUGAAUUUUGCGUCUUCUAAUGCCUGUUGGGACAGGGGGUGGGUGGGGGGAGUUGAUUGACCUGUUACAGAUUGUUGUGCCUGAAACCCUGCCUCCCUCCUCCCCUUGUUAUUUUGCACCUGGAUUUCCAAAUAGAAUUAAAAGGGUUUUUUUUUAAAAAAAAAAA